UAUUGUUUUCUGCCUAUAAUUGUAUUUACAGUUGUAUUCAUUAGGAGACUCUACUAUUAAGAGUUAUGUUAUUAUUACAUUGUAAUUCACCUGUCAGUAAAGUAUAACAAUGCUUACGUUAAAAAGUUUUUCCCUGUUAAUCAUUCUCAUAUGUUGGAUGACUUUAAGCAUUGUUCAUUGCACAGCGACAAAAAGUUUAAAAGUACAGAAAAAUCAAAAUUUGGCUAAUGUUAAAGAGGUGGAGGAAGUUGAUGGUAUAAUAGAAGGAAGAAGCGAAGAGGAAGAUGAAGAUGAAGAUGAAGACUAUGAAGACGACGAAUAUGACGAAGAAAGUGACGUAGAAGAUGAGGAAGAAGAUAACAAUGUUGAGGAUGACUUUAACGAAAUGGUGAAUGCCGCCAAAACUAUGGCUUCAUUAAUAAAGGAUAGCAACACAACAAUAGAAGAGUUGAAUCCCUUUUUACAUGACUUAUACAAAGAUUAUAAAGACAUACUUAAUGACUUUGUCACUAACUUUAAAUACUUUUCAGCUUUAUACCCAACUUGGAAAAAUAUCGUAAGUGUACAGGAGGACAAAACGCAAGAAAAAAUCAAUAAUAUUGCUUUAUAUCAACGAUUGUUUGCUAAGUACGCUAUAAUCCAAAAACGUUUUCUAAAUAACAUAGGAAAAUUUACAGAAUUGCAAACAGCAUUACUACCAUACACAGUUUUUCCUUGUGAAAUAUCCAAAGAUGAAAUGACUGAAGCAUAUGCGUUAGCAGCAAACGAUGUCUCCAUAGAUAAUUCUUCCGAAGGAAUCGUCAUUAACCAAAAUGAUGGUCCAAAUUUAGAUUGAUAAAAAUAAAUUAAUAAUAUUUCUUACUAUUCGAAAAUGACAUUUCAGAAUAAAUCAUACCAUAGAGUGAUUAUUAUUAUUGUUAUGUUUGAAAUGUUCUUUUUAUUUUAACUUUUUGGUGCUUAUUAAUAAUGUUUUAUUAUACAUCUCAAAUUUAUUGACUAAUUACAAU